AUUCCCACAAUUCCUGAGACCACCGAGUCGCCAUGUUUGUGGCUGAUAGUAUUGAUGGAAACUGCAGAAGAUAUAACUAACCUUGUUUCUAGUACUAUGAUCGGCCCAUCGCAUAUUCAGCUCCACCGCAAACAUGCGUUUUAAAAAAUCAAAACACGGAAGUGGCAUAAAAUAAUCAUUCUGUGGAAUGACCAUGUCGGUUGAGGAAAGGCUAAAGAAACUAGAACAGCUGUUCCUGAACGGAGUUAAAAAGAGCAAUGGUCUCGCUCUCAGCGUCGAAACACUUUUGGACGUUUUCCUUGUUUUAUAUGAUGAGUGCAGCAGCUCUACGCUGAGGAGAGAGAAAAACAUCUCGGAAUAUGUCGAGUUUGCAAGACCUGUAGCAAAUAGCGUCAAGCACUUGAGGUUGCAGAGAGAUGACUUUGAGACACUCAAAGUCAUUGGCAGAGGUGCUUUUGGAGAGGUGGCAGUUGUCAAGGAGAAAUCAACAGAUAAUGUGUAUGCAAUGAAGAUUCUGAAUAAAUGGGAGAUGCUGAAAAGAGCAGAGACCGCUUGUUUCAAAGAGGAAAGAGAUGUACUGGUACAUGGAGACAGGCGGUGGAUUACCAACCUGCAUUAUGCAUUUCAGGAUGAUACUUAUUUGUAUCUUGUGAUGGACUAUUAUUGUGGUGGUGACCUGCUGACACUGCUAAGCAAGUUCGAGGACCGACUUCCUGAGGAUAUGGCUAAAUUCUAUAUUGCUGAGAUGGUACUUGCAAUCAGUUCGCUUCAUCGCCUCAACUAUGUUCAUCGUGAUAUCAAACCGGACAAUGUGCUGCUGGACAGAAGUGGUCACAUAGUCUUAGCUGAUUUUGGAUCCUGCCUCAAGCUUAUGCCAGAUGGGACGGUGCAAUCUUCUGUUGCUGUGGGAACACCUGACUAUAUUUCUCCUGAGAUUCUUAGGGCCAUGGAGGAUGGUCAUGGUAGAUACGGACCAGAAUGUGACUGGUGGUCACUGGGUGUAUGCAUGUUUGAAAUGUUAUAUGGCGAAACCCCAUUUUAUGCAGAGUCAUUGGUAGAGACAUAUGGAAAGAUCAUGAACCAUCAAACUCGUUUUGAGUUUCCUACUGAUGUUGAUGAUGUUUCACCAGAGGCAAAAGAUCUCAUGCAAAGAUUGAUAUGUAGUGCUGAAAAAAGAUUAGGCAGAAAUGGUCUGGACAGUUUCAAGAGUCAUCCAUGGUUUGCUGGAAUUGAUUGGGACAACAUAAGAGACAUGAAUGCCCCGUAUAAGCCAGAAGUUACAGGAGCUACAGAUACAUCUAAUUUUGAUGUUGAUGAUGCUGAAGUAAAGCAUACUGAUACUGUUCCUCCAACAUCCCAUUCAGCGUUCAAGGGUCAUCAUCUGCCAUUCAUUGGAUUCACAUUUACAAAAAACUGCAAACUGUCAGAUGCAGAGUGUUUGUUAGACAUAUCAGAAGACUUCGACAAUGAUAAAAUUGACAACCUAUCCACAGAAAAACUUGAGAAAAAGAUAAAGUUUUUGGAGAGAGAAAAUCGUGACUUGAACAGGAAACUCCAGGAAUCUUCAGCAAAGAUCACCCAGCCUUCAGUUUCAGGAGAUGAUGUAUCAGAUCUCCGGCAGCUGAAGGAGGAGGUUGCUGUUUUGCACAGAGUAGUAGCAGAGUCUCAAUCAGAAGUUAGUACUCUGGAGCAUGAGCUGAAGAAAGUGACUGAACAAAAACAAGAGCUGGAGAGAAAGCUGCGUAUGGGUGAUGAAGAGAAACAAGCUUUCGAAAAGGAACUACAAGACUGGCGGGACAAAUAUAAAAAUCAAGCCCGUGAUCUGAAGGAAGCAAUCAAUAAACAGAAAGUAACCAUGGAACAGUACACAGAAGCUAAUGAUAUGCUUCUGAAGAGCCAGUCAAAGGUAAAAGAACUGACAAGAGAGAACAGGAAUAAGGAUGAUGAAAUAGAAGAUAGUCGGCGCAAACUUGACUCUCUCAAAGCAGAAAAGAGAAAAGCAGAUAAAACUGUGACUGAGCUACAAAAUCAGCUGGAUGAAGUGGGGUCAGAGGUUGCAAAAGAAAAGCGACUGAGAGAACGAGCAGAGCAGUAUGCUGAAGAACUCAAAUCCAAGCUGGAUAUGGGUCGGUCAGGCACAACAGCCAAACUUGAACUCACUCAAGAAGUAAACAGGUUGAAGGCAGAACUUGAGAAGAAGGACUUCGAGACUGAUCGCCUUAUUUCAAAACAUUCACAAGAGAUCGGAGAGCUGAAGUUUCAAUUGCAGGAGGUGGAAGGAAUUGCUGAUGCUACUGCAGAGAUAGAACGUGUGCGGUUGCAACUGGCAGAGCAGUCAGCUGCCCAGGAGCUCCGUGAUCAGGUGUCACAGCUGCAGGCAAAAGUUGACGCAUCUGGGCGACGGCUUAGAGAUUUGAAAGAGGAUAAUAAUAAACUCCAGCAAGAGAACCAAUCGCAACAAGAUCGUAUUGACAGUCUCAUGAGAGAAAGAACCCAAAUGGAGGAAGAAAUCAGAGAUAUAUAUGACAAGCGAGAAUCAGUGGCACAGUGGGAAGCGCAGAUUUCUGAGAUUAUCAAAUGGGUCAGUGAUGAAAAGGAUGCCCGUGGUUACCUUCAGGCAUUAGCUACAAAGAUGACCGAGGAGCUGGAGAACUUGAAAGUGAUCGGUGUACCUGGAGAGGAGCCAGGGACUCGGCCACGAUGGAGGAAUAGACGGUCUCAGAGGCUGGACAAGAUGGAGCUGUUGACUCUACAAUCAAGCUUACAGAGCGAGAUACAGGCCAAGCAGCAUGUCACUAAUGAGCUGUCCAAGGUCAAACAAGAGUGUGUUGCAGCAGAGUCUAAGCUUUCAGAAAAAGAAGCUAUCAUUGAAAAAUUGAGGACAGAAAAUGAAGAGCUAAGGGAAAAGUGCAACAAACUUCAGGAUCAGGCCAAGCAGGAUGAAUUUAGUCGGCAUUAUGGAGAGCCAUCUUUACUGAAGUACUUCAAUGAAAGGUUUUCAAUACUUCCAGAGCAGUUGUCCAAUGACAGUGAAAGGGAAGAAGACAGUGAAGACACUACUUCUAGGACUGACUCCCAUACAGACUCACGCACAGAUCUCAGAGGAGAUGCUCCAGAAACAAGAGACUUUCAUCCUUCCUUCACUGGAGCACAAGAACCUGUGUAUGAAAAACCUUGGGGCAGUGCUAGUCCCAGCCCUGUGAGGCAUUUGCCUCCACAUUCCCCUCAUUCUCCACAGGCAUCAGCUAGAUCACAUAACUUCAUUAUCAAGAGUUUCACGUCUCCAUUUCAGUGCACCGUCUGCAAUUUCUUGCUGGUUGGUCUCCAACGACAGGGAGUCCAAUGUGAACAUUGUGGCUGUUCCUGUCAUGUGACCUGUAUGGAGAAAGUUCCACAGUCUUGUCCAGCUCCUCCAGAUCUCUCUAAAAGGCCUAUUGGUAGUGACAUGACCAAGGGUGUGAUUGAAGGAUUUGUCAGAGUGCCAAGACAGGGAGGAAUCAAGAAAGGCUGGGUCCGGGAGUAUAUGUACAUCUGUGAUUUCAAGUUGUAUUUGUUUGAAGUUCCUGAAAACAAAAAUUACCCUAGUCAAUACAUCCAACAGGUGAUUGACAUGAGGGAUGAAGACUUCUCUGUUUCGUCAGUAUCUCCAAGUGAUGUCAUUCAUGCUAACAAGAAAGAUAUACCAUGUAUAUUUAGGGUGACAGCAUCCGAAAUGAAUCCUCCUGGUACACAGCACCAAAUAUUGCUUCUGGCAGACAAUGAAAAAGAGAAGGACAGGUGGCUGCACCUCCUGAAAGAGCUUCACAAAAUAUUACUAGUGAAAUCUCCCUCAAGCAAACCUACAUAUAUUGCACAAGAAGUGUGUGAUAAUUCUCUUGCUCUGGUGAAAAGUACUCAUGCUGCAGUGAUUCUUGAUUCUACCAAAAUAGUGCUGGGAAGUGAAGAUGGUCUGUUUGUGGUAGAUCUGAGCAAAGACCAACUAAUUCGUAUUGGUGAUCGAAGCGAGCGAAAGCCAGUGUAUCAACUAGAGCUGUCACUAGAUCAACAACUGCUUGUUUUUAUUAGCACAAAACAAAGGUUCAUUAAAAUGCUACAUGUCUCUGCUCUUGAGAGUUCUGAGCCAGAGCUUAUCAAAAUCAGUGAGAGCAAAGGGUGCAGCACCAUGUGUCUUGGUGCAGUCAAGCAUGCAGGAAGUAGUGUGGUUGGUGUUGCUGGGGGUAGCACAAUCAUAACCUGCUUGUGUGUAGCCAUCAAACGUACUGUUCAGGUCUAUGAAGUUCUCAAAACACGUCAAAGGUACAGAAAGAUGAAGGACAUCCAGGUGCCUGGGCAAGUUCAGUGUGUGGAGAUAAUGAGUGAUCGCUUGUGUGUUGGCUAUCCUUCAUGUUUUGCACUUUAUAGUGUGCAGGGUGAUGCAGCACCCAUGUUUCUCAUUAACACUGAUGAUGUAAGUUUGAAGUUUUUGGUCCAGAACCAAGUAGAUGCACUGAUGGCCAUUGAACUUUCAACGGAUGAGUUUCUUCUUCUGUUCUCAGCAUGUGGUGUGUAUGUAAAAAGUUCUGGAGAGCGAAGUAGAUCUCAGGAGAUUAUGUGGCCAUCAUCACCAGAGGCUGUCAGUUACUAUCCCCCAUAUCUGGUCUGCUAUGCUGAAAACUCAGUCUUUGUUUUCAAUGUGAACACAGCAGAAUGGGUACAAACCAUGUGUUUGAAAAAGACAAGGCCUCUGUGUAGGGAUGGAUCCCUCUGUCUGCUCAACACUUUUGAUUCCCAGCAUAUCAUCUUCUUAAAAAAUAACUACAGUGAAGACGACAGGCUGUCAGUAGCUGAGCUUUUUAAAUCUAGAAGCAGUCGCAACAAAAGAAGAUUUUCUUUUAAGAGUCGAGAAGAAGAACGCUCCAGCAAAGUGCCAGAAAGACGGAAGGGAGAUAUUUCAGGACCAUUAACAUUCAGCCAUGUGGCCCAUGUUGGGCCUGAUCAAAUACCCAUCACUAUGGCCCCUGGCCCAGCGAGUGACCGACGAUCCCGCAUCAUCUCUGCACCAUCAAAUUUCAGUCACAUUGCCCACAUGGGACCUGACCAAGGUAUGCAGGUCCUCAUUGACCUGCCAAAGACGGAAGGAGGUCAGACAGACAGAGUGAAGAGUAUGUUCCAGCCUCAGCUGCGGUCCAUACAUGAAACACACAUGCGUGGAGGUGGUGGAGGAGGAGCCCGACCUACUAGCUCACACUUUAAUGGUAACGCUAGCAGUCGUGGGGAAGGUGCUUCUCGUCCAGGAAUGGGCCGUGGAAUGGCAAGAUCUCUUCCAUCAGGGUCUGUGCAACCUGGAGGUGGAGCUAAUUUUGACAGACAACAAGACAGCUAUGAAAAGGACAUGUCUUCUCAGAUAUUUGAGGACAGUCCUGACCCUCCCAACUGGCGCCUUUCCCUGGGCUCCAAUGCCAGCAGCACCCCACCAGCAUCUAACCGUGACAGCAUUGGUGAUGACCGUCAGCAUGUUACAGACUAUUCAGAAAAUGCAUCCAAUUGUUGAUAACUGGCAUUUGCCCUGUUCCAGCAGUAACCAUUUGAGCAGUGACGACACAAGAUUCACCUGUUCAUCAGGACUUUAAUGCUUACACGGGGCAUUGGAGUGUUGAUAUGUUCACCAGUAACCACCACAUGUCAUGAAGUGUUCUCUUGGCUUAGGGGUGAGGGUAAAGAAAUAACAAGAUCAUCGCUUGUUACAGGCAACGGAAUGGAGGAACUGCCAGUACUUCACCAGCACAACCACACAACCACAUUACAUUUGGUCAUAUCAGGUUUGGCUGUGAUUUUGUAGACUGCUUCUAGGCACACCAGUGAAGACCAUAAUCUGAGAGGAGAGCAUUAUUGAAAAGAUGAUAACAUUAAUAACCAUGGCACACCCUUCCUGGUUGUGGCCUGGCACUAUUCUCUCCAUGGUAUCUACUCACUGAUAUUUUGCCAGGGAGUCAUGACCUUUGUGUUCGUCCUUUAAAAGUAUUUGUGCAGAUGUAGUGCAUGGAGAAGGGAGAGAGAGUUGAUCUUCGGCAAAUGUAGAAUCAUUCCUGUUUGAGGCCUUUGCCUGCAGUGAUGGGAAUAAACCUAUAGCUGAAGGGCUUGACAAACCUUCAUGAGACUAGGCAUGGGGGUCCCAAUUCUUUUCAUCCAUUCAUAUUGUUAGGAUAUGACACUUUUCAAUGAUAAGCUCUGUGAACCUGAGGUGCUGUGAAGCUUGUGGUUCUUGUUUUGGGUUUUGCUUGUUUGAAACAAUUGUAGAUCAAUCCCAUUGCAGCAAAUCUGUGUGUGUGACAGGGAGGGAAAGCUACUUGUUUGAGUUUUAACAAAUUUUUAGGUGUAGUUCAGAGCAGCCAUUGGUGGAUAGUAUCAAAAGGAUGACAGGUUUCUUUGUCCUGUUGCCUUGGAAUGUUGAAAGUGCUGGAAUCUGUGAUUUGCUGUCUAAUUCCCUGGUUUAGUAGGUGACUUUCAACCCAGUACAUCCCAGUUUUCUCACUCAGUUCAUAGCUUACAUAAAAUUGAAUUUACAGAAAAAAAAACAAACCCAAGGGUCCUGCCUCACAUUUGCAACAUCAGAGAUGCUUCUUAGAAGAUCAGCGAACAAAGCAACGUAGAUUUUGUAUGUUGAGUGUGCAUGUGGACAUUUUAAUUUGUAAACUUAAGUAUGGCUGAUGUUUCUUUUACUGUAUAUAUGUUGAACUACUGGGUUUCUAUGGUAAAAUCUUGAGCAGGACUAUGUACUGUUUACAGAAACUAGUGACAUCACGGUGUGUUAGAAUAUUUUCAUGAUGUCCUGAAACCAUAUACAGAUAUGACAGAAUAUCAAGUCCUGACCUUGGUGGAAUAAUCUGAAAGUAGUUGUCUAGAAAUAUUUAACUGAUACUGGAGUGGCAUGACUAUUGCACUGAAAUAGAAAAUGAAGGCAGUCUUAAGUUAUUUUAGUCCCACCUCAUCUGUUCACAACACUGAGAAUGGAAGCUAUGAGCAUGAGCUCAUGUCAUGUGUACUGUGUAUUGCUGUACUAAAAAUAAAUAUUGAUGCUUGUGGUGUUAGUUAAUGCUGUCACAUAUUGCUCUAAUAUUUGGGUGAAUCACAUGCAGCUGCUCAUUAAAUGUUAGGUGCAUUACAAUACAUAUAAACCCUUAAAUAAUGUAAGAGUUUGAAUAUUGACAACAUGAAAACUGUUAAAUAAGCAAAUCCAUUGUUUUCUGCAGUAAAUGCUCCUGAAGUUGCAUUUUACCAGAAAUGUACCAAGAAUUUAGACAGAUUUUUACUGUGCAUAGAGAUAAUCAUGUUAGAUAAGCAGUUGUAAAGUAUUGGACAGUCAGAGUGGUCAUGGAAGAACUAGGACUGGCAAAAUCAGUAGGCUAAGGGAUUAAAGGCUCUUAACCAGGAAAAUUAUGUGGAACAUUUAACUUUGUGUGAAGGUUCAGAGGAAACCAAUGGUUUUGAGGUUAAUGUUUGGAACACUGGAAUUUUUAUCAACAUGUAGCAUCCAGACUUGUUUUCCAAUAGAUUUGCUAAUAUAAUAGGACUUCUGGCCACUUUAUAGGUUUGACUUUUCCAACAAUUUGCUCAGAUAAGAAUGGCCUUCCUCAAACAUGUUUUCAUUUUUGUCUUAUCAGAAGUCCUCACAAUGUGAAGGAUUGAACUAUCAGUCACUUGAUGUGAAAUGUUGAUGAUUGAUCAGCAUUUGAUCUUACCAGCCUAACCAGCUAUCAAGUUAUAGGCUAGACGUAACUAGAAGUUGUCAUGGUUCUCUUACCAUGAAAGGCAAUUGGUAAAUGGAAGAAAUUCCUGGAGAUCUUUGCAGCUUCUUGUUUUUGUUCUCUUGAGCUAGACCAUUGUAAUGUGAUGUAGAUACUAAGUCUAUUCACACUGUCUCAGUCCUGCUGUUUAUGUCUGAAAUAUUUACAUUUGAUGAUCCAGCUUUGAAACUCGGAACACAGAUUGGUUGAUGGUUUUGAUGUUCAAAGUCGUGGCUUGCCCAUCCUGUCAGCAGAUGACUUGUGAAGUUUGUUAAAAUUCAGUGUCAUGUUAAAAAUCAUAUCAGGAAACUAAUUUAUAGAACCAGGCAAAAGUGAAAGCCUUUUAUGUUAUAAUGUCUGAAAUAAGUAGUUGGGGGUGGGGGAGACAAAUCAUUUUCCAUUGAUAAAGACAGGUUUCUUGUUGAUGACAUUGAUAUUACAUUGCAGGUAAUGUGUCCAAAAUCUAAGCAUACACUACUCCUGGUGACUUUUAAUGUUGAUUUUAUUUCUGGUACUUUGAGAUCUGCAGUUCAAAGUAAUGGUAAUUUCUAAGCCUAUUUGCAUUUAAUUUUGGAAAUGAGGUUUCUUAUCAAACAUUAUGUAAAAUAUAACAGGUUUAUUAUCUUAUGUUGGUCCCAUUUGCUAUCAUUGAUUCUUAGCACUUUGUAUAUAUUUAUAAAGAUUUUAGGGAGAGAGUGAAAGAAGUCACACAAGAUUGACAGAAUUUAGUUUUUCAGUGCAGUGGUUAUGUCAAACCAGUAUCUGUACUUUAGCACAAAACAGUAUGGCUGUUUUCAAAACGGUUAUUUUUCUUUGCCUGUGUUAUACUGUAGACUGUUGCUGUCGAAAGCUGCAUUUACAGAAUGCAGUUGAUGUACCUGGUCUUGCAGAUGUAUUUGUGUAUGUUGGUGAAUGAAUGAAUGGGGGUGGCUAAGGGUAUCCGAACAUAAGUGGAAACAAGUGAAGUUUAAUCAUAUAGGUAGCAGCAUUAUUUAAAAAAAAUUAUUCACAUUAUCCACUUUGUCAUCCCUUCUCUUGAGGAAGUAUUGAGACUUGCUAAAUAUUAGCAGUGUUCACCCAGCACAAAUAUGCCGCCAUCUCCACAUUGUGUGCUAUUCAUUGCACAGACUGUUGUAUUGGUAAACUUGCUGUUUAAACAGGUUCUAUAUAAUUAUGACUGUGGCCUCCAUAUGUGGUAAGUGGAGAACAGGUUAUGAUUGAAUUUGAUCCAUGAGCAAUCGGUUCAAUCCAGUCUCAUUUAUUUUCUGCAAGUUGAUUAGUUUUUUCCCUGACUCCUUAGAGGUAAGGUAAUCCAGACAGUCACAUACUUCAGUAAUGCAAGCCAUCUCAUUGUAUAUACCAUAUACUCCAUGUUCUCUCAGGCCCUACCCCUUCUCCCUUUGUCUUGGUUUUUAUACAUUUGUACAGUAUCACUAUAUUGGGUAAUCACAGAAGUAUGAAAAAAAUGCUAAAGCCAUGACUGCUUGUAGUGUUUACAGAGCUAUACAUACUAGCAUGCCAUUGUCAGGUUUGCCAAUCUGUGUGCGCCUUGCACUGUUUCAAAACUUAGAGCAGGGCAUGGGUUACAAAUUAGGCUGAGAUUCAUGUUUGUCUGUUUUUCAUAUUUUUAACCAAAUAAAUGAAUCAAACAGGAUGGUUUGGCAUGUGUUUAUAAAGGGCUCAAAAAAAUGUGUGCUUUAGAUUUUAUACUAGGACUUGCAUGUAUCUUGUUCCUUGGUCAUAUUUAAUGUGCUUUAUUGCAUCAGGAGCCUACUGGGAUUCAGUCCUCUAAAUUUAUCAUUUAGGGGUAGGGCCAUAUUGAGACCUUGUAUGCCAAGUUAAUAUAGGAAUAAUGUCAAAAGUUGGUGGUCAUUUGUAGUUGUCACAUAUUGAACUAAGGUGCUUCUGUUGCACACCGUGCCAAAAGCUGCCUGUGUGGCUGGAACUUUGCUCUAUUGCAUAUGGCUGUGUUGUAUAACAUUUCAAAUAUAUAAUAAUAUAUUAAUAAGAGAUAAUGAGCAGAUUUGAGGAUAGGCUCUGAAUAUGUGAACAUGCAUGUCUGGGUGCAUAUGUGCGUAUGUGCUUGUCGGAGCAAGUAAGCAUGAGAUGUUAUAUAGGGUGGGGAAGGCAGUAAACAAAGGCUAAUGCUGGUUUAAAGAAUAACUUCAUCUUUCCACCACCAAUGACCUCAAAAGUCAUUAUCCACCGUACCUAAUCCUUUUGUGAUUCAUGUGAGGAAUGUAAAGGGUUGGAAACAGUUCCAUAGAUUUUUGUCAUAGAAAAGAUGGUUAAAGCAGAAGGAUUGUAGUCCUGUGCAAGUAGCAGUGAAAACAUAAAAGGAACACAGUAGUACAAAAUGCACAUUCCAAGAUCUUAGGUAAACACAAAUUUGUGUUGGUGCAUAUGAUUGUGUAGUGCACUUGGAUUUCCUUUUGCAUGUUGAUAAAUCCCAUUUGUAUAAUGUUUAUCAGUUGCCAAAAAAAACCUCAUAUGCUUCAAAAUGCAUGUAUAUACUGACAACUCAGCUCCCCUUUUUUAAAAUAGUCUCCUUGAACAAAAGACAUGAAUAUCAAAAAAAAGUAACUUCUUUCUUCAACCUGCCCAACAUUUUAUUUUAUUGCUUUUUGUUUCUUAUACUGCAUCUGCUAUUGUAAUCUUCACAAGUGAAAUAGAAAAAUUACUUGAUUUUCAUCGGCUUAGCAUUUCUUUUUCAGGGGUGCUAGCUGAUCUUGUACCAGGGUUUUUGAAAAAGCCACUGUAAAAUUGUGAUUUUCUAAGCUUGGUAAACAAAGCGGCAUAAAGUAUGUUUCUAAAUCUGCAGUGCAAAAUUGGUGUGGUGUAUGCUUCAUUGAUCAUUAGAGUUUGAGCUACAUGAACAGUUUUGUUUGCUUCACUUUAUAUGUCAUGAUUGUCUUAAAUGUUAAUGGAUGCCUUUGUCUAUAGCAUCCACAUUUAAGAAGACUAGAUUUUGUAAUUGUAAAUGGUGGAAUGGGAUGCAGAACACUGAUGUGCAAAAACAGUACAUUUACAUUCAAUAAAUGUAGAUAAGAAGCCUAGAAAAUUUGCUUACAACAGCUCAGAUUGAUGGGGAGUAGAAUGAAGUUGCUUUUUUCUCAACAUAUGCCUCUUAAGCACCUAUUUAAAUGGAUUACUUAUAGCAUUGUAGUAAUCGACACUCCUUGCACCUGCACCCUCCCAAGAUUUUUAUUGUGACACCCUGAUCCAGAAAGUGAUACGCUGGCACGCUGUGUAAAAUUAUUUCUGGGAUUAUUUGUUGCUUGUCGAUGAUACCCCAUGCACUAGCUAGUGCCACAAUCAACUUCCAUUAAACAGAUUUUUUUUUUUUAAUGAAAGAUGGACUUCUGCUAACAGCUCAGGAUGUUUGAGGUAGUGCCUUACAUAAGUAAUAUAGGUGAAAACAUUUUAAAAUUCUGAGGAGGACAUGAUUGAAUAAUAAUUGAAUUUAUAAAGGGCAAUUACCUGUAUGGAGGAAUAUAUCAAAAGACCUACUUGAGGUUGUUCAGAUGACUCCUAUCUCUUAUUUAUACUUACAUUUAGAUUUUUAUUUAUGAGUUAAUAUUGGAUACAUUUUUUUCUGUCUUAGGCUCACUGGCUUGGGUGAACUGACCGUAAAAUUAAUCCUUUUACUAGUUUAUCAAAUAAUAUAGAGCAGUUAAAUAUUUUUGAUAGAAGCAAUAGAAUCAAGUAUAAUUUUAGGAGACAUAAUAGAUUUACAUUUUCUUGAAAUAUGCAGAAGGCAUCUCAUGUCAAUUUUAGGUUUUUUCCAGUAAUAAUGGUUUUGAUUGUGAAAAUAUAUGCUGUUUAUUAUUGAUUACAUAGUGUUAUGGCAAGUUUACCUACAAUUUUGUGCUUGAUUAAGUUCAAUUUUUGAGGUUUCAUACAUAUAUAGAGAGAAAGAGACAUUGUUUCAUUCUACAUUGAUACAGCUUUUGCAGUUUAUUUACAUGAAGGAUAUCAUCCAGCCAGCUUUAGUUCCAAUCUCAUGCAUGUAAUUUGAUGACAUUGGAUUGUUCGGUGGGAGGAUUCAGCUGCAAGGCACAUGACAUGACAGGGACCAUCAGGGCUACAGGGAACAGGGGUGGAAAUGUGUGACAGACAAUACCUGGCUUUCACAGUUACUAGAUCCUGACUGAUGAAUUUAUGAAGAUGUGUGGGUAGUAGGAUGUCGGACACUAGCCAUUAACCUUCUGGAUUGAAUAUGCUUGGUACGUUAAAGAACAAGAUAGUAAACUGCAGCCAGUACUUGUCAAAGCACAUCCAACAACCUUCUAACUAAUGACCUAUUUACAAGUAGUGUCAGACCACAUUAUUGGCAAAUUUAGUAAAGUUGAAAAAGCUAGGCCUGAGUGGCCCUGUGUUUAAUCAGUUCUCAGUGCACAUUCUCAGAGAGUCUGGUACUGUUCACUUUGGAAUUCUUUGCAGAAGAAAAAUUGGGGGACUUUUGAAAAAUGGUAUAUGUGUACAUUAAAAACAGCGUAAACUUUUACUGGAGCCUUUCAGGGGUUUGUAAGAAGCAUUGUCAUGUUUUAAAACCACAUUAAAGCGUUUGUUCAUAUAUUUGUGUACACAUACUAAUGUAUCAAGCUAUUUUGAAACAGUGAAACUUUUAAAGAUUCUUUAUAAUGUUUCCCUGUUGAAGUUAUAUACUGAAUUUAGCUAUUUGCAACCUUGACGUCUUUGGUGGACCUUUAAAAACAUGAAGGGCAGUUGGUAUCUUUUUCACUUUUUGUAGACUGGGUUCUUACAGUGGAUUUACUCAGUUGCUUUUUUUCCUUUUGUUUUAUUCAUUUAAAAUGAUGUCAUUAAGGUUAGAUUGAAAGAUAUGUAGUGAUACAUUUGAUUUUGGGAUGUAUUCAGAUUUUGUCCUGGCAAAUUGUGUUUGUGUGUGUGUGUAAACAUACUUCCAAUUGAUGGUGUUGCUUGCAAGACACACAAAACUUUUUUUUAAGACGAAAACUUUUGCUUGAGGCCAUGGGCAUCCAGUGACAUUGCCAGUGUAGCGAGUUAAUAUUAUGAUUAUUAGUGUUAACCUACUGUUCAAGAUGUGUGUCAAGGUUAGUGGUGAUGGAGCAACAACAGCUAACUUCUUAGGGAAGCUUAACCAACCUUCCACUGCACUUAGCUUUUUGUGUUGUUAUUUAACUCAUUUUUCUACAUAGGUACAUUUGGUUUUGAAGCUUCCAAAGCACAUUUCCAUUUAUUGUCUAUGUUUAGCCACAUUGGUAGUGACCUUGCACCUCAGAAGUCAUGCUAGAUGAUCAUGUCACUGCCUGCUAAAAACUGAAAGUGAGAAUCAAACCUACUACAUUUUGUGCUAAAAUUUAUGCAUAACCUUUAAUAACCAUCCCACCCAGAAUAUUCUGAAAGAGAAGAUGCUAAUAGAGAUAGAGUUUAGAAGCUUUCUGCAGGAUAAAGAGUGACUGCAAACAUCAAGAUGCUUGCAGAAAGAGCUUCUCCAAGGUUUUUUUGUUCUGUUUUUUAUUUAUUUUUUUUGUUUGUUUGUUAUUGCUAUAGUCUAUCUGAUUUGGCUUUGGCAAAGCCUCUGUUCUGAUUCUGUGAACAUGUCUGAAGAAAAGGGAAUCCUGUGGCUCCUCAGAACUGCAUAAGCCUUGUACUUCAGUGUAAUCUUUAAACCUUUUAACUAAGACUGUGCAAUGAUUAUGUUAGCAGUGUAAAAUGCAUUACUGUAUUUAUUUGGUCAUAUCUGAAUAUGGGAAUAAUAGCAGACAUGUAUAAAUUGUGUAUGAUAUUGUAAGACUUUUCCCUAGUUCCUGCCUCUACUAUUUUCCUGCUCUGCAUUUAUGAUUGGUGUGUAGGCAUCAUCCUCCCCACCCCCCCAUUUUUCCCCAUAAAGUUGAAUGUUGGGUGAAUUGGCAGUGUUGGUGUGCUAGAUGUGUUUGUGUAGCCUGUCGUACAUUACUUUCCUUGUUGAACAGGAACAGCCUACAGUUGAUGUGAUUUUUUUGUAUAGUAUCAACUUCUUAACAUUAAAAAAUCAUCAUUUGUACAGUCAGUUUAUAUAUGUCACAAAGAAAAUAAACUUGUACACAUCUA